CAUAUGAUCUUCCCUAAAUAUCUGGAAGAUCUUCGCUAGGUUUCUCUCCGGUGUAAGCACUCUAGCUCGCUGAUCGAUCCCUCUGGCGGUGAAAAUUUGAGAUGGAUCUCGAUGAGAAGGCGCGCGCGAGGAUGUAUCACCUGGCGUGCCAUCUCGAGGACGGGUUGCGGCUCCAAUCGGGCCCUUUGAUCGUUAGAUCGGAGUGUUCCUCCACCCCCGCAUUUUCGGGAAAUCGUCGCGAUAGCAUGCUCAUGUUUGCGAGGCAAGGGGCCGAAGCAAGAGGACAAUUCAUGCGACCUGCCGAGUUAAAACAGGCACGUAGAAAAAAAUGCGAUGUUCUUCCUUUGUUUCCAUUUCCGUUCUAUGAUUCCGUGAAUUUCUUUCUUCAGGUGAUACCGGAUGGCGAGAGCCGAGCGAGUCUUUCCAAGAACACUAGCAAAAUCAGUGGCGACUGUGCCAAAAAAGAAGACGAGGAGUUCUCCAACAGCAAAGUAGUGAAGUCUCGUGAAGAUGAAACUCCACUCUUUGCGAGGCCGGCGUCCAAGCAUGCGGCACAAAUCAAGAGCUCUCGUCCUGUUACCGAGGCUUCAGAAAAACGCGAGACUUCCAUCCGAGGCUUUGAGUGGUCUCCUCGCAUGGAUGUCACGGAGUCUGACUCCGAGCACAUUGUGACGGUGGAGCUACCAGGUGUAAACGCCGAAGGAAUUCGAGUGGAGAUCGACCGUGGAAGGCUUGUAGUGACUGGAUUUCGCUCCAGGGAGUGGUGGUCGAGCUCCCAGUCUUUCACUCAGAGUUCCGAGAGCGACUGCAGGGUUUAUCACCGGCGAGAUAUUUCCUACGGCCCCUACCGCUCGGUGUGGAGUGUGCCCAAGAAUGCCAACUUGAAUGGAGCCACUGCCGAGUUUAUCGACGGGUUUUUGCGUGUGAUCAUUCCGAAGUCUUAAGAGCUUGAGCUCAAGGUUGCUCGCUAUAGCUAAGUAUCUGUAAAUUUGGAGCUAGCUAUGCAUAUAAAUAAAUAAAUAAAUAAAUAAUUAGUGCA